GGUCUCGUUGCAGAGAUGAAGCUUCUCUCAGCCCUAGCAGGGCUCCUGGCCAUUCUGGCCAUGUCCCAGCCCUCUGAGGGUGCUGCUCCAGCUAUCCCAGGGGAGGUGGAGACCUCGGUGGUGCUGACCUGCAUGAAGGAGGCCAAGAGGCUGGUGGACAAGGCCUACAAGGAGCGGAGGGAAAGCAUCAAGCAGCGGCUUCGCAGUGGCUCAGCCAGCCCCAUGGAACUCCUGUCCUACUUCAAGCAGCCUGUGGCUGCCACCAGGACUGCCGUGAGGUCUGCUGACUACCUGCAUGUGGCUCUAGGCCUGCUGGAGGUGAAGCUGCGGUCCCUGUGGCCAGGGCCCUUCAAUGUUACCGAUGUGCUGACGCCGGCGCAGCUGACUCUGCUGUCGAAGUCAAGCGGCUGCGCCUACCAGGAUGUGGCCGUGACGUGCCCAGAGCAGGACAAGUACCGCACCAUCACUGGGCGGUGCAAUAACAGGCGCAGCCAGACGCUGGGGGCCUCCAACCGCGCCUUUGCGCGCUGGCUGCCGGCGGAGUAUGAGGACGGCUUCUCUCUGCCCUUUGGCUGGACCCCGGGGGUCAAGCGCGCCGGCUUCCCGGUGCCCCUGGCUCGUGCGGUCUCCAAUGAGAUCGUGCGCUUCCCCACGGAGCAGCUGACCCCGGACCAGGAGCGCUCGCUCUUGUUCAUGCAGUGGGGCCAGCUGAUCGACCACGACCUCGACUUCACCCCGGAGCCAGCCGCCCGGGUCUCCUUCCUCACUGGCCUCAACUGUGAGACCAGCUGCCUGCAGCAGCCGCCUUGCUUCCCGCUCAAGAUCCCACCCAAUGACCCUCGCAUCAAGAACCAACAAGACUGCAUCCCCUUCUUCCGCUCCUGCCCGGCCUGCACUGAGAGCAACAUUACCAUCCGCAACCAGAUCAACGCGCUCACCGCCUUCCUGGACGCCAGCAUGGUGUACGGCAGCGAGGACCCCUUGGCCAUGAAGCUGCGUAACACCACCAACCAGCUAGGGCUGCUGGCCGUCAACACCGACUACCAAGACAACGGCCGGGCCCUGCUGCCCUUCGACACUCUGCACGAUGACCCCUGUCUCCUCACCAACCGCUCUGUGCGCAUCCCCUGCUUCCUGGCAGGGGACACCCGCUCCAGUGAGAUGCCCGAGCUCACCUCCAUGCAUACCCUCUUUCUGCGGGAGCACAAUCGACUGGCCACACAGCUCAAGCGCCUGAACCCCCGCUGGGAUGGAGAGAAGCUCUACCAGGAAGCCCGGAAGAUCGUGGGGGCCAUGGUCCAGAUCAUCACUUACCGGGACUACCUGCCCCUGGUGUUGGGGCCAGAGGCCAUGAGGAAGUACCUGCCCAAGUAUCGUGGCUACAAUGACUCAGUAGACCCACGCAUUGCCAAUGUCUUCACCAACGCCUUCCGCUAUGGCCACACUCUCAUCCAACCCUUCAUGUUCCGCCUGGAUAAUCGGUACCAGCCCAUGGGGCCCAACCCCCGCGUCCCACUCAGCAAGGUCUUUUUUGCCAGCUGGAGAGUAGUGCUGGAAGGUGGCAUUGACCCCAUCCUCCGGGGCCUCAUGGCCACUCCUGCCAAAUUGAAUCGGCAGAACCAAAUUGUGGUCGAUGAGAUCCGAGAGCGAUUGUUUGAGCAGGUCAUGAGGAUCGGGCUGGACCUGCCAGCUCUGAACAUGCAGCGAAGCCGGGACCACGGCCUCCCAGGGUACAACGCCUGGAGGCGCUUCUGUGGACUAACGCAGCCUAGCACGGUGGGUGAGCUGGGCACGGUGCUGAGGAACUUAGACUUGGCAAGGAAGCUGAUGGCACAGUACGGCACACCCAACAAUAUUGACAUCUGGAUGGGCGGUGUGGCUGAGCCCUUGAAACCUGGUGGCCGUGUGGGCCCCCUCCUCGCCUGCCUCAUUGGCACCCAAUUCAGAAAGCUCCGGGAUGGCGAUAGGUUUUGGUGGGAGAACAAGGGCGUGUUCAGCACGCAGCAGCAGCAAGCCCUGGCCAACAUCUCCUUGCCCCGCAUCAUCUGCGACAACACAGGCAUCGCCACUGUGUCCAAGAACAACAUCUUCAUGUCCAACUCGUUUCCCCGGGACUUUGUCAACUGUAGCACACUUCCUGUGCUUGACCUGGCUGCCUGGAGGGAUGCCUAGGGGUUAGGAGCUGGAUCAGGGGACGAAGUAGUGAGGGGGCUCCUGUUGAAACCACAGAGAUCUCCUUUCUCUGGGUGAGCCCAUCCUGCUCUGCUGUCAGCUGAGAAAGGGAGUGGCUAGACAUUCAUUCCUCUGUGUGUGUGUGUGCAUGCGCUUGUGCACAGUGUCUAUAAAUUGGCAUUUCAUAUGCCUGUGAACACAGGCAGUGUCUUAUGUGCUCUGUGUGUGUGUCAUUUAUGUGAGUGUGUGUUUACUGUUUUUGAGAAUACUAAGUAUGUGACAGACAGGCAGCAGAGCAGAUGGGUCAGGAGCACAGCUCAGGAGCCAGACUGGGGGCACAUCCUGGCUCUGAGGUCUACCAGCUAUGUGACCUUGGGCAAAUUACUUGACCUUACCAAGCAUGCGUUUUCUUCCUGGGAAAUCAUGGCUGUGAGAGCUCCUCAGAGGCCUGUUUGCAUCCUCUAGAUCUUCAUUUAUCACACACCUAUCCCAUGCAGGACACUGUGCUUGGCAUGGGAAAGUUUCAGAAGCAAGAAAGAUACCAGAUGCCACUUGUGCCCUCAAGAAGCUUAAGCCUGGACUGUGCCCUGGUUUGCAGAGGUGAACCAGUGACCCUGGGAGAUGAACCACUAGCUGCUAGGCUAUGUGACUGAGUCACAGCCCGGGUCACGGCUUCCCUCUUUCUUCCUUACUCUGCUUUCUUGCUUAUUCCUAAGAGUCCCCCCAAAGAGGAACUGGGCCCAGGGGCCUUUCUGUACCAUUUGUUUGCCCCUGAUGUUUAUGGGUAAUAAAAUA